AUGCAAGUCUACCGGAGCAGAUCUAUCGAGGCCUUAGCGAGGUCAGUUCACGGGCUCCCCAGGGGCACCGCUCCGCAGGAUGACCUGUUCCCAGCGAACUGUGGCGGGACGAAAUGGCCGAGUCUGACAGUCAACAACAUGUCGCUGAGACUGAAAUCUCGACUGCACGCUGCCAGGGCCAACGAGCGGGAGGGCCUCGAGAUUGGAUCGCGGCUGCCCCCACCUGCCGUCAUCAUCAUGAAACGGCGAGAUGGCGCCGUGAGGCUCGAGGAACUGCAGCCGGGACGGCCUGUGGUGUUCGAGACGCGCCGACGCCAACCCACUACGCUCUCGCGACGACACCGUGACGCUGUUAUUCACACCUGUUCGCGGCCAGUGCGCGGGCGGAGCACACUGCUUUUAUCUCCGCCUGCGCCCACUGCUCUGCUCGACAUGGUCUCGUACGCCCAGUAUCCGCCCACCAUGCAGCACGACUUCGAGCUCUAUGCGACCCAGGAGCAGCAGUUCGACCUGCUUGCUACCUCACAGCCCGCCUACCUCCCCACCUCCCAAUAUCUUGACCCGUCUUUCAGCGCACCCUUCGACGCGGCCUCGCUGCAUGCCUUCUCUGAGGCCCCGCGCUCACAGGACCUCCGCUUCCACUACGAUGCCAUUGCCCAAGGUGUGAAGCCCAACUACCAGCAGCAGCAGCAGUACAGCCCAGCCGGCUCGCCCAACUCCGGCGCGCACUCCUUCGACAUCCAGCCUCCCCAUCUCUCCACCUCAUCCGAGUCGGGCGCCUCAGUCUCGUCCUCCGCCAUGGGCUCCCCCUCGCUCAACCCGCAGUACCACGACCAGCCGUGGGGCAGCGUCAACGGCCUCGGUCUCGCGCCGGGUAUUGUGCCGAGCACCUCUGGCUUCGACUACGACGGCUUGGUCGCCACUGACAAGUAUGUUGGUGAGUCUUAUGAACUUUCUUCGUCAAGGCCGCGUGUCUCUUCAUUUCCGUUUUCUUGUGCGUCUUCUGCUGUUUCGUCCAACUCUUUCGUCGAUCCCAUGCGCCAGAACACAUCCGGACAGCACACGCCUGCGCUUCAAACCCCUUCUCCCAGGUCGGAGAGCGGCUUCUUCCAGACUCCGACAACGCCGGCUUCGGCUAUGCCUCCAGGGCCCCUCUCGAUGCGGCGGUCUCCUUCGGGGAGGAGGAACUCUCUGCUGUCGACCGAGCUGCUCCGAACCGACAUCCUGGAUUCGUUGCCGGACACAUCUUUUUCUUCUCCGGUCACUCUUCGCUCUCCUUAUUCUCAAAACAAUCUCAAUUUCAUUCCUCCUCUGGAGGCAUCUUACCCUACCUUGAUCCAACCAUACCCAACACAACUCAACUUCCCACAAUCACCAUAUCCCGCCAUCCACACCACUCCUUCACCGCGCUUCCCCUUCAUUGAGCAGCCGCCAUCACCCGCCCCUUCAAUCGGCUCCAACCACAGCCACCACGCCGGAUCUCGUCAGUUCAAGAAGGGUUCGCAGUCGCCUUACCUUCACACUCAAAGCUUCCAGCCCUAUCACAACGGCUUCAACAGCUCGCGACGGCAAUCGAACGCCUCGAUGCACUCGCAUCAAUCAGUGGCAAGCCGAAAGAGCGGAAGCAGCUACGAGCUCGACGACGAGAGCAGGGAGAAGGGCCUCUGCCCGAUCCCGGAGUGCGGCCGUGUCUUCAAGGACCUCAAAGCCCACAUGCUCACUCACCAGAACGAGCGACCGGAGAAGUGCCCGAUCGCGACGUGCGAAUACCAUUUGAAAGGAUUCGCGCGAAAGUACGACAAGAACAGGCACACCCUGACCCAUUACAAGGGCACCAUGGUGUGUGGCUUCUGCCCAGGCUCCGGCUCCGCCGCCGAGAAGAGCUUCAAUCGGGCCGACGUCUUCAAGCGCCAUCUCACUUCCGUCCACGGCGUCGAACAGGCACCGCCAAACAGCCGCAAGAGGUCGCCAUCAGGCAAGAAGGCCUAUACCGCCACGCAAGAGAACCUUCGCGGUACUUGCUCUACCUGCAGCGUUACUUUCAACAACGCGCAAGACUUCUACGAGCAUCUCGACGACUGCGUGCUGCGCGUUGUGCAGCAGGCAGACCCGAGCGAGGCCAUCAACCAGAAGCUCCUGUCCUCGGUUGCCGACGACCAGGAUGUGGUGGAGACGAUGGACCGCAACGGUCUGCAGAGCGCGGGUGAUUACGCCGUGCCUGCCUACGACGAGGACGAGGAAGAAGACGAGGAGAUCGACGUGGAUGAUGAGAACGACGACACAUACGGUGGCGGCGUGACCAUGACGGCGUCCGGGCGCAAGAAGCGCAAGAACUACCCCGUUUCAUGGGGUUGCGCCACGGACAAGAUGAAGAUGAAGAAGCGGGUGCUGUGUGUGUACGACGGCCCGCGGCGGCUGUGGAAGGACGACAUGAUGCUCGACCAGGAGUUUGAGGUCCGCAUGAAGCUGCCCGAUGGCAAGAGCUACAUCACGGACCUGGAUGUGCAGACGCUGAAGCGUGCCGAGGCGCUGCAUGGCGCCACGGCCGAGGAGAAGGGACCCUGGGUUCCGGACAACAUCCACGACCACCGUGGCAGCGAUCUCGAGGAGUUCAUGAUCUGA